AUGGAAGACACCGGCACUCAGUGCGCCCCGCCGCUGCCCGCGGGCUCCCAGACCGGGGUUUCUCAAGCCAAUCUCUCCUCUGCUCCCCACAACUGCAGCGCCAAGGGCUACAUUUACCAGGAAUCCAUCGCCCUGCCCUGGAAAGUACUACUAGUCAUGCUGCUGGCACUCAUCACUUUGGCCACCACGCUCUCCAAUGCUUUUGUGAUCGCCACUGUGUACCGGACCCGGAAGCUGCAUACCCCAGCCAACUACCUGAUCGCCUCCCUGGCGGUCACCGACCUGCUCGUAUCCAUCCUGGUGAUGCCCAUCAGCACCAUGUACACGGUCACCGGCCGCUGGACGCUGGGCCAGGUGGUCUGCGACUUCUGGCUGUCGUCGGACAUCACCUGUUGCACUGCUUCCAUCCUGCACCUCUGUGUCAUCGCCCUGGACCGCUACUGGGCCAUCACGGACGCCGUGGAGUACUCAGCUAAAAGGACUCCCAAGAGGGCCGCGGUCAUGAUAGCGCUGGUGUGGGUCUUCUCUAUCUCCAUCUCGCUGCCGCCCUUCUUUUGGCGUCAAGCCAAAGCCGAGGAGGAGGUGUCGGACUGCGUGGUGAACACCGACCACAUCCUCUAUACGGUUUACUCCACGGUGGGCGCUUUCUACUUCCCCACCCUGCUCCUCAUCGCCCUCUACGGCCGCAUCUAUGUGGAAGCCCGCUCCCGGAUUUUGAAACAGACGCCCAACAGGACCGGCAAGCGCCUGACCCGAGCCCAGCUGAUAACCGACUCCCCCGGGUCCACGUCCUCGGUCACCUCCGUUAACUCGCGGGGUCCCGAUGUGCCCAGCGAAUCCGGGUCCCCUGUGUACAUGAACCAAGUCAAAGUGCGAGUCUCCGACGCCCUGCUAGAGAAGAAGAAACUCAUGGCCGCUAGGGAGCGCAAAGCCACUAAGACCCUGGGGAUCAUUUUGGGAGCCUUUAUUGUGUGUUGGCUGCCCUUCUUCAUCAUCUCCCUGGUGAUGCCUAUUUGCAAGGGUGCUUGCCGGUUACACCCGGCCAUCUUUGACUUCUUCACGUGGCUGGGCUAUCUCAACUCCCUUAUCAACCCCAUCAUCUAUACCAUGUCCAAUGAGGACUUCAAACAAGCAUUCCAUAAACUGAUACGCUUUAAGUGCACAGGUUGA